GUUGCACAGUGGGAAUAUCAAUUGGAAUAUUUUUCUUCCACUGCAAAUGUACUAGCUAUUGAUUUGUUAGGAUGUGGAAAAAGUGAUAUGUCAAAAAGAUCAGAUGAUUACAAAACCGAAUCUUUAGUCGAUGAUUUGGAAGAACUUUUGAAACUUUAUCCCAGUGAAACUAUGCGGUUCAAAAGUGCUGUUAAAGCUAUGACUUUCAUUUCGGUUAAAGCCGAAAUAAGUGAAAAAGAAUUGUCACAACGAAAAACCAUUCAAUCCUGCCCUGAUAUAUUUUUUGAUGUUUUCCGCGUCUUAUUUGAUCGUCGCGGUGGAAUCAAUUCUUCUAGUGUUGAUCGUAUGUUGCAUAAAGAUGCGAGUGUUGGAUUACGAACAAAGCAACUAAAAUGGAAUAAACAAUCAAAAACCUUUGUAUGGAAACGAAUGCUCAAUGGUUUUAAAUGGAUAACUCGUGAUGACAUUUACAACAUUCAAUGCCCAUUGUUGCUCCUAUCAGGUCAAGAAGACCGAAUUAGCCCUCAGAGUGACACGAUCCUUGUUCACGAAUGGUGUACUUCGCCAAAUACGCCUGAUCCAGUGAUGAUCCCACGAGCAGGGCAUAAUCCAAUGGUGGAGAAACCUGAUUUGGUUAACUUGAUAAUCAAUGACUUUCUUAUCAAGACAUGUAGAUUGAAUACAGUUGAUCCUGCAUGGCAAAUCGUUUACAAGACAAAAGAUGAGAAUAAGUGGUCUUUGAAGAAUUUUCAAAAGUGGAAACAAACACCAACAAUAGCCGACCGAACCGUCAAAAGUACAUUAUUUAGGCCAAUGAAGGUUAUGCGACAAACUGAUGAAGAACAUUCUCCGGAAAUAUUUAUUGCGCGGCAUCCAGAAAUAGGAUUCAUAAUUGAUAUAACAAAAGAUCCCCCAUCUUAUAGAACAUCUGAUUUUGAUAAUUCACAUAUUAAAUAUAAUAAACUCAGUACGGCAAGUAAAAUCCCACCAUCACGUGAAGAAGUACGAGCAUUUAUUCAAAUCGCCAAAGAAGCAUGGAGAAAAAAACCUGAUAAGCAAAUCGCUGUUCAUUGCCAUUAUGGGUUUAAUCGGACAGGGUUUAUGAUCUGUUGCUACAUGAUCGAAGAAUUGCACAUCUCUGUAGCUGAUGCGAUUCGUUAUUUUGAAGAGGCAAGAAGACCGAGAGGCAUUAA